GGUGCCGUCGUAGCAAAGCCCUUAACCCCUAACCUCUAAACCCCGUAGCCGAAAAAUCAAAUCACCAUCGACGAAGCAAACACAACACAACAGAACACAAGUAACACCUCCAUGAUUCCUCUUCCAUAGAACCCAUUCAUUCAUCCUUCAAAUCCAACAAUGAAAGCCUUAAGAAUCCUAAGAAGGACACUUCAUUCCACCACCACCACCACCGCCGCCGCCGCAACCACCACAACCGUAUUCCGCGCCUUCUUCUCCGCUCAACCGCAGCACGACGAGGACCCUAUUACCGUCACCGCUACUGCCCCUCAACCCUCUGAACAGGACGCUGUCUUUGACAGCUCCCAGUAUGAAAUCCCAAUCGUCCAUGACCAAACCCAGCCCAAGCCAACGUGGGAGGGGAAGUACAGGGACCGGGUCAAUACAGUGGUUUUCGACGAAAAGGUUCCGAAGGAGAAGAAGCUGAGGCUGAAGAAGAAGGAGGAGGAGGAUGAGAGUAAAAGAAGGGCUCUUGCUAAGGCCUUGUUGGAAGCAGCGCUGCAACAAAAUAGAGGUGAAGAUGAAGAAGAAGAAGAAGAAGAAGAGGAAGAACAAAAGGGUGUUGUGAAGGAAGAGGACCAGAAAUCGUUGUCGGUCGGAAUCAUCGGUGCCCCCAAUGCUGGCAAGUCUGCCCUCACUAAUUUUAUGGUUGGAACAAAGGUGGCUGCUGUUUCUCGGAAGACAAACACCACAACCCAUGAAGUUGUGGGAGUGAUGACAAAAGAAGACACCCAAAUAUGUUUUUUCGAUACACCAGGGCUUAUGUUAAAUUGUGGUGGAUUCCCGUAUAGGGAUGUCAAGGCUCGUGUUGAAAGUGCUUGGAGUUCAGUGAAUCUCUAUGAAGUGCUCAUAGUCAUCUUUGAUGUUCAUAGACAUCUUACCAGGCCGGAUUCCAGGGUGAUAAAAUUAGUUAAACGUAUGGGAGAAAGAUCAAUACCAAAUCAAAAGCGAAUUUUGUGUAUGAACAAGGUUGAUUUAGUGGAGAAAAAGAAAGACUUAUUGAGGGUUGCUGAAGAAUUCAAAGAUCUUCCUGGAUAUGAAAGGCAUUUCAUGAUCUCAGGAUUGAAGGGGUCUGGAGUAAAAGAUUUAACUCAGUAUUUGAUGGAGCAGGCAUUUGGACGACCCUGGGAUGAAGAUCCAUUUACCAUGAGCGAGGAAGUUAUGAAGAUGAUAGCAAAAGAAGUUGUGCGUGAAAGGUUGUUGGACCAUGUGCAUCAGGAAAUCCCAUAUGACAUUGAACACAAGUUGAUUGACUGGAAAGAGUUACGAGAUGGUUCUCUUAGGAUUGAGCAACACUUCAUCACUCACAAAUUAAGCCAACGCAAGAUUCUUGUAGGGAAGAAUGGCUCCAAAAUUGGGAGAAUUGGAAUUGAAGCCAAUGAAGAGCUAAGGACCAUUUUCAAAAAGCAAGUGCAUCUAAUUCUCCAGGUUAGGCUUAAAUAACUUACUGGGCAAAUAGAUUCUUGUUGAGAGUGUACCUUCUUUGCCACACCAUGCCAAGCAGUGUUUAAAAGGCCAAAGGGGUGUGUCUUACUCUGACCUUGAAGGUCCAUGAAGCUUACAAGACCGUGCUUGAGGUGAGGGUGAUCAUAGAGAACCAUUGCAAUGGAGAAAGAAGUUUGGUUCAUUAGUGAUGAUGGUGGCAAACUUUUGUGCCCUUUUACUAUUUGGUUGCGUAUGUUUAAGGAAUCUUAUUCAUCAAGUUUUAUGAGUUUAAAAAAGGUAAAAGGGAAAUUCCUUUAUAUUUUUUGGGUUUAUUUACUUGUAAUUUGAUCCUCACAUGUUCUAUAAAAAUGCCCCUUCUUAUGACCCUCCACACUUUGUGACAUAAAGAGUUUGUUAUUCUGUAAUGUUAUCUUGUGUAUAGCAACUUAUAUGAUAAAUGUAUUGGUAAUCCAAACCCUUUUAACU